ACGGAGGAGACCAGCAGGAGUUGGAAGGAGUUCCGCUGCUGUUGCGUUGGCAGUCUGACUGAAAAGAUGCUUCCCGGAGCGCUCGCCGUGUUACUGAUUUUAUUCAGCCUCACUGAGAGCAAACAGAAAGAUUUAUACACCUUUAAAGUGGUGAACAGCAGGGGGAAGUUAGUGUCCCUGGAAAAAUACCGGGGUUCGGUAUCCCUGGUGGUGAAUGUAGCCAGUGAAUGUGGCUUCACUGAGGAACACUACAAAGACCUGCAGCAGCUCCAGAGGGACUUUGGGCCGUAUCACUUCAAUGUGCUGGCCUUCCCCUGCAACCAGUUUGGGCAGCAGGAGCCCGGAAGCGACAAGGAGAUCGACAGCUUUGUGCGCAGAGUCUACGGCGUCUCCUUCCCUCUGUUCAGUAAAAUCGCUGUCAUCGGAACCGGGGCCAACAAUGUGUACAAGUACCUUGUUGAGUCUUCCGGGCAUGAGCCUGACUGGAAUUUCUGGAAGUAUCUAAUUGAUGUAAAUGGCAAAGUAGUGGAUGCGUGGGGACCAAAAGUUUCUGUCAAAGAAAUCCGACCCAAAAUUGCUGAAAUGGUGCGGCAGAUAAUCUUGAAGAAGAAAGAAGAGCUUUAACCUCCUGUUAAAGGAACCCUUUAGUGUUCUGCAGUAUGAUAUUUAAAUGUAUUGGUACAUGAUCCAAAGGGAUGAACUGAACACAUUCAUUUUGCUCGUACAAUCAGACUUUGUUAGAACAAACCAUUCAAUUCAAGACACAUAGUGAAAGCAAAUUUUUACUGAACUUGCUUUCUGAAAGCACUGAUGAAACACCACUAUGUUUGUAAUGUCAAGUUUUAUAUAUCAGAUGUAUGAUAUCUUAGGUCUGCAGCUGUAAGCCAAAGAGCUCCUCUUUCCCUAUUUGUUAGUCAUGUGGAUUACGUGUUUGGUUUGUUGUUCAUUCUGAUUUGUAGAAUAAACGUUUACUGUGAUGAGAA